AUGCCUAGAGAUCGGAGCCCGUGGCGGAACGUCCAUUUUGUCGAUGCCUCCAACGGAUCGACAUUGGGCGGUUGCUAUCAGAAAGGCUCCCUGACGGAAGAAACUCUGAUUUGGAUCCUUGGGAAUGUUCUGCUUGUCGUCGAGGGUGAUUUGGUCGUUCGCCAUCAGGAGACUAACCGAACUAUUGUCCCUUCUGCACAACCGGUCCUCCCGGGAACGUAUGAGAUCAGCGCCUCAGGGACUGUACACAUAACCAAUGAGCCAUGGGUGGCAAGAAUCAUCAGUACCUCAAUUUCCGGCCGAGAAAAUGCAUUCGUCCGGGGUGUGCGCAGAAGAGACCAGAAUUGUGUGAUAUCCGGAGAGGUGAAUGAGCUAGCGCCAUGGAAUGAUUUUACUGGCCUACAAGCCGCACAUGUUUUCCCAUUAGCAAAAGAAAGUCUAUGGAUAGACAAUAACUACAGACGAUGGAUUACCAAUAUCGAUGAGGAUUCCCUGGAGAGCGGAAUAAAUUCGAUUCAAAAUGGGUUACUGAUGUUGGAAAGUUUUCACACGCGCUUCGAUCAGUACAUGUUUUCCGUUAACCCUGAUGAUGAUUAUAAGAUCACCACCUUUUUGCCCAAUAGUUGGGGAAUCGAUGGCCGAGUUCUUGAGCCAGCUUGCCGUAAACCAUCUGGUCCUGAUCGUGUGUCAGAUGAGCUCCUAAGAUGGCAUUUUUGGCAAUCUGUGCUCGCAAACAUGCGUGGCAGUGGGGAGCCACUAUUCGAGACUGAUUUUCCUUCUGGGCGAGAUCAGAUGGCAGUAUUGGCCACUGAACCGUACGGAAAGGAACGACUCGAGAUGGAAGUGAGUGAAAGGCUGAAACGUGCUGCUCAUGAGGUGACUUCCAUUCAACCUGUUACUGUCAUUUUCAAAGGCUAA